GGAUGGACAGAAUUUGGGGACAGCCAGGGGGACACGCCAGAGCCUGGCUCCGUGGCCUCUGUGCACCUCCAGGGACACAGCUCCGCUCCAUUCUGUGGGAAAAGCUGCUCUGCCGCUGCCGCAGGGCCUCUGCUGGGCUCCGCUGUGUUCUCCGGAUUCCAUCUCUCCUCAUGUCCCUUUGCCUCUCAGGCUUUCCCCUGCUAAAUGUCAUUUCUAGCCCCGGUGGAGUUUUGUCUCUUUGACCUAAUUUGUGGUUACUCCAGGGGUUGCAAAGGAUCGUCCGAAAUUUGUGGUAAUUCCAGGCACUGCAAAGGAACGUCCAAGGUGCCUCAUCAGAGGCAGCUUUCCAAAACAUUGAGGGUUUGGAUAAUUAAAAUUUUAAUUAAAUAGAAAAAAUAACAGUUUCCACCAUCCAUUUUCUAAGAAAUUUGUAAUGCUUCCUCUUGGAUUAUUCUGGAGAAAGUGCAGUGCCACCUUUUUAUCUUUUUAUUUUAAUUUGGAAUGCGUAUUGCAGUGUUUUCUUUCCCUGGCAGUGUUUGGAAGAGCAAUACAUGCCAUAGCACGGAUUAGUGAUGAAUUUUGGUUUGACCCCCUAGAAAAAGGUCUUGCCUUAAGAUCAGUGAAUUCCUCGAGGUCAGCAUAUGCCUGUGUGUUCUUCUCAUCCAUGUUUUUCCAGCAUUACUGCUGGACAGCUGGGACCCAGCCCUGUCAGAAGGAGAAGCAGCUUUCCCUCCCCUGUAAAUUGAUAAUUAAGUCAGUUCUCCCUGUGUUUAGAUGUGUCAAUGUGCUGGAGAGGAAUGUAGAGAAAUGCAGCAUCUGCAGCAGCCCCAGUGAGCAGCACAUCACCUUCCAGCUGCUCUGCAGGCACGGUGUUGUAAAAACCUACAACCUGACAUUUCAGGAGUGUGAUCCCUUGCAGGCUGUUUUUGCAAAGCACAUGUGUCCAAACAUUCUUAAAGUCCACUCCAGGCUGCUGGCUGAUGUGAUGAUCCACUUCCCAAGCAGUCAGGAAGAAAUAACCCUGUCAGUAACUCCAAUGAAAGUUUCUUUCAAGAGUUACACUGAGGAAGACACUGACUUUUCAAGGACAAUGCUUACUGAGAUACAGCUCAGUCCAGAGGAAUUUGACUACUUUCAAGUUGGAGUAGAUUCUGAAGUGACAUUUUGCCUUAAAGAACUGAGGGGGCUGCUGGCGUUCUCUGAAGCCACGAGCGUCCCUGUGUGCGUGCACUUCGACAGGAGCGGCAGACCCGUUGCUUUCAGCAUUGAGGACCUGCUGCUGGAGGCCAGCUUUAUCCUGGCUACCCUGUGUGAGGCUGAGAGGGAGGCAGCUUCCCCAGAGCCCGCCUGCUGCCCACGGCCCCGGGACAGCUCAAGGCCUGGCAUGGAUAAAUCUGACCAGAGCUCCACGGAUGGAGCCAGCAAUGCAGUCACAGCCACUUCCAAAAAGCCACAGCAGAAGGGAAACACUCCAAGCACGGACCCUGCAAAACCCCCGAGUGCUCUGGCAAAACAAGAGGUAAAAAACACUCCCAGAGGCAGCGAGAGGGAUGAGCCAGGCAGAGCAGCAGCAGGAGAGGCCACAGAGGCUCCUCAGGCCCAGUUCCACUCCUUGUUCUUUGGAGCUGUCUCUCACAAGGAUAAGGCCACUGGUGACACCUUCCAGAGCCUGGUGACAGCCAGUGACAGUGAGGAGGAGCUGGGUGCCUUGCAGAGCUCCCCAGUUCUGUAGUGCAAGGACAGACAGUGGGGAGCAGCCAGGAGGGAAGGGCAGGGCAGGCCCAGCCUUUGUCACUGGUGCUGUGACCCAGCAGCACAGAAUGUUCUGGAACUCUCAGUGCUCUUGUAAAUUUAGGUCACGAUUGGCUCCGUUGAGGUUUGUGAGUUCUGCAGGGGGCUCUGCCCUCAGAGCACUCUCACUGGGGAGAGGCUCAGUUUGAAUCCAAGCUCUGUUACCACAUCAGGCACGUGAAGCUGCUGUUCUGGUUAAGGGAGAACUCAGGUUUUUACAGGUUCUCUAGAACCAGCCUUGAACUGCAAAACCAAAGUUGUCACAGGACUGUGUUUAAAAAAUAAAGGUUUGUGUUUGAGACUUGUGUUAUUUUUUUCUUUCCCUGUAUCUCUCCCAGCACACAUCAGGGGCAGUGCAGCGUUUCCAGAGUCACACUGGAACACAACCCUGAACUUCCCAGGCAAUUAAAGGAUCCUUAUCUGCCUGCCAGGCUGCUGCAGAAGGCGUUGGGUGUCACCCAGGGGUGGCUGAGCAGGGCAGGGAGGUCACAGUGACAGCCCAGCCCUGGCUGUGCCUCUGUGCCACCAACACAUCCCCACAUCGACAAACACAGGGUUUGCAGGCAACUUGACUUUAAAAAGCACAUUUUAGUAUAAAUACUAUAUUUAUUAAAUAUCUUUACAAUUUAUUUAAAUGUAUUUACAGAACUAUUCCUGCAUAAGUUAUACCUCAGACAUGAAAUUCACAUAAUUGCCUCUUGGGUAAGCAUAGGUGAUAGUCUCAUUUUAACAGCAACAAAAAAGCAUCCUCAGAUACAGACUCAGAUUUGCUUCAUUGUUUCAGCUAUCUUUGUCAGAAACUACUGCAUACAGUCGGGUUCUCCACACAGCAGCUGC